AUGAGCGUGCAUUCCACCUCCGCCGGCCGCGUUCCUGGCAACAUACGGCGGCCGUCCACCGCCUCCCGAUUGUCCUUUGCCUUUUCAACCGCUGAGCGCGGCGAGGCUGCCGCCGGGCCACCAGGGGAAGCCCAGAUCGAGGAGGAAAUUGCCGAGAUUAAAAGAUACGAAGACUUUACAACGAUAGACUGGGUUCAAGACGCCUCCCGCGAACAAGCCCGACGGAAAAGCAGGCAGAAAAGAGCAGCGGGCUUGUACGAGCGAGGCCAGCAAGGCUGGCGCUAUCGAGUAUGGGCUUCUUAUGACGCUGCCCAGGGCUGGAUCGUCGUCACCAUCAUUGGCGCGGCCAUUGGUCUCAACGCGGCUCUCUUGAACAUCAUAACGGAGUGGCUGUCGGAUGUCAAGCUGGGAUAUUGCACCACCGCCUUUUACCUCAACGAGAACUUCUGCUGCUGGGGCGAGGAUAACGGGUGCGCCAACUGGCAUCGUUGGACAGGAUUCGAGCCCCUGAACUACGUUUUCUAUCUUGUCUUCGCAACGUGCUUCGCCUUCGUCUCCGCCUCGCUCGUCAAGUCAUUCGCUCCCUAUGCAGCCGGAUCAGGCAUCUCCGAAAUCAAGUGCAUCAUCGCGGGCUUCGUCAUGAAGGGCUUCCUGGGCUUCUGGACCCUGGUCAUCAAGUCCGUCUGUCUUCCUCUGGCCAUUGCGUCGGGCUUGUCCGUCGGCAAGGAAGGCCCCAGCGUCCACUACGCUGUGUGCACGGGAAACGUCAUUUCCCGACUCUUUGCAAAGUACCGAAGCAACGCCUCCAAGACGAGAGAGAUCCUCAGCGCCUGUGCCGCGGCUGGCGUGGCCGUGGCCUUUGGCAGCCCCAUCGGAGGCGUGCUCUUCUCUCUGGAAGAAAUGUCCAACCACUUCCCCCUCAAGACCAUGUGGCGAAGCUACUUCUGCGCCCUCGUUGCCACGGCGGUGCUUGCCGCCAUGAACCCCUUCCGCACCGGUCAGCUGGUCAUGUUCCAGGUCAAGUACGACCGGGACUGGCACUUUUUCGAGAUUGUCUUCUACAUCAUCAUCGGCGUGUUCGGCGGCUUGUACGGCGCCUUGGUCAUCAAGUGGAACCUGCGCGCGCAGGCGUUCCGGAAAAAGUACCUGGCCAAGUACGCCGUCGUGGAAGCCACGCUGCUGGCCGCCGCGACCGCCGUCAUCUGCUACCCAAACGCGUUUCUGAGAAUCGACAUGACGGAGAGCAUGGAGAUUCUGUUUCUCGAGUGCGAGGGCUCCGAGGAUUACCACGGGCUCUGCGAGACGGACAGGCGGUUCUGGAACGUUGUCUCGCUGUCCAUGGCGACGGGCUUGCGCAUCCUCCUCGUCGUCGUCUCGUACGGGUGCAAGGUGCCCGCCGGCAUCUUCGUGCCGUCCAUGGCCAUUGGCGCGUCCUUUGGCCGGACCGUCGGCAUCCUGGUCCAAGCCGUGCACGAGGCGAACCCCGGCAGCCUCUUCUUCUCCGCCUGCAAACCCGACGAGCCGUGCAUAACGCCGGGGACCUACGCGUUUCUGGGCGCCGGCGCGGCGCUCAGCGGCAUCAUGCACCUUACCGUGUCGGUCGUGGUCAUCAUGUUCGAACUGACGGGCGCCCUCACGUACAUCCUGCCCACCAUGAUUGUCGUCGGCGUCACCAAGGCCGUCAGCGAGGCCUUUGGCAAGGGCGGCAUCGCCGACCGGAUGAUCUGGUUCAGCGGGUUCCCCUUUCUCGACAACAAGGAGGAGCACAACUUUGGCGUCCCCGUGUCGCAGGUCAUGCGCACCUCGGUCGUGUCCCUGCCCGCGCACGGGCUGACGCUGCGCGAGGUGGAGCGACUGCUCCGGGACGACAAGUACCAGGGCUUCCCCGUCGUGGAGGACGACGCCGGCGCAAGGAUGCUGGUCGGGUACAUUGGCCGGACGGAGAUCCGGUACGCCAUCGACCGUCUCCGACGCGAGAGGGCCAUCAGCCCCGACGCCAGGUGCGUGUUUGCACCUCCCCCGCCCGCGGCGACGUCGCGCACGCCCAUGACGCCCACGGUCACGGUCACGGUCACGGCCUGCAUCGACUCCACGGCAUCCACCUCGCUCGACUUUAGCCGCUACGUCGACGCGACGCCGGUCACGGCGCAUCCCCGACUUCCCCUGGAGACGGUCAUGGAGCUGUUCCGCAAGAUCGGCCCUCGCGUGGUGCUGAUAGAGUACCACGGCAGAUUGACCGGCCUGGUCACCGUCAAGGACUGUCUCAAGUACCAGUUCAAGGUGGAGGCCGCCGAGAAUCCCAAGGACGACCACCGCAUCCGCGAGGGGCAGGAGCAGCUGUGGAAUACUCUGCGGACGGCUGGAAGCUGGCUGAGCGGGCAUGUGUCGACGGCAUCGAGAGGUAGGAUACAGCUGAGCGGCCAUGACGAGGUUGGGAUGCAAGGUCGGGGAGGCGGGCCGAUCCUCGAAGGGGACGAGGAUGUGGCUGAGGAAGGAGUCGAGCUAGAGACUAGACAAUGA